AUGGGGACCUCCCUUCGUACACAUGCCGUGGGCAAAGCUCAGCAUGGAAACUUCCUGGUGGCCGUCAAGCAGGAGAAGGGAGACUCGGCACGGGCGAGUGGUGAGAAGCCACAUGGCGAGGAGGAGCCGGUGAAGAAGAGGGGCUGGCCCAAGGGCAAGAAGAGGAAGAAGAUCCUUCCCAAUGGCCCCAAAGCCCCCGUGACGGGCUACGUGCGUUUCCUGAACGAGCGGCGCGAGCAGAUCCGCACGCAGCAUCCUGACCUGCCCUUCCCAGAGAUCACCAAGAUGCUGGGGGCUGAGUGGAGCAAACUGCAGCUCUCAGAGAAGCAGCGGUACCUGGAUGAAGCGGAGCGGGAGAAGCAGCAGUACAUGAAGGAGCUGCGGGAAUACCAGCAGUCAGAGGCCUACAAGAUGUGUACGGAGAAGAUCCAAGAGAAAAAGAUCAAAAAAGAGGACGUGGGCUCUGCAGGAGCAAACACCAAAAAAGGGCACCCGCACAAGGCUGGUGAGUGCAGUGACGCUUUCUCCACCUUCGACGUGCCCAUCUUCACAGAGGAGUUCUUGGACCAAAACAAAGCCCGGGAGGCCGAGCUGCGGCGCCUGCGGAAGAUGAACACGGAGUUUGAGGAGCAGAACGCCAUCCUGCAGAAGCACACGGAGAGCAUGAACUGUGCCAAGGAGAAGCUGGAGCAGGAGCUGGCCCAGGAGGAGAGGCAGACCCUGGCCUUGCAGCAGCAGCUCCAGUCCGUGCGUCAGGCCCUCACCGCCAGCUUUGCCUCCCUCCCCAUCCCUGGCACUGGGGAAACCCCCACACUGAGCACCCUGGACUUCUACAUGGCCAAACUGCACAGUGCCAUCGAGAGCAACCCGCUGCAGCACGAGAAGCUGGUGGUGCGGAUCAAGGAGAUCCUGUCCCGGAUUGCCAGUGAGCACUUGUGA